UCCAAGAAAAAGGGAUUGAGCCUUGAGGAAAAGAGAUCUCGUAUGACAGAUUUCUUUUAUGAAAAGAAAGACUUUUUCCAGCUGAAGGACCUGGAGAAGCUAUGUCCCAAAGAAAAGGGCAUCACAUCCAUGUCUGUCAAGGAGGUGGUCCAGAGCCUGGUGGAUGAUGGGAUCGUGGACAGUGACAAAAUCGGUACCUCCAUCUAUUUCUGGGCCUUCCCCAGUAAAGCAACACAAAAU